AUGCAAGUCCCAGACAAACACUACAUCGGGUGCUGCGACACGGCCUCAAACACAUGCCGGUUCUUUACGUCCUGCAUAGACGCCAGCUCCAAGAGUCCGAGCGCAGAUCUAGCGGACGUUUAUACCUGUACCGGCAACGACCGCUGCUACCGCAAUUCCUUCCCGGACGAUUUAUACCAACCCGGGUUCUACCAGUGGGGGUGCGGGGCCCUCGAGGACGCAACGACGGUGGUGACGAGUUACGACGGGAUAAACACUGCUUUAACGCUGCAGGUGGUGUAUACCGGGGAUGGGGAUGGGGACAGGGCGGCGGAAACAUAUGGGACUGUGAAGGAGCCGUCAACAACCGAAACUAUGGAGAGUAUAACGGAAACAGUGUUAUCUUCGACCUCGACCGGGACGUCUUCGUCUUCGUCCUCGUCUUCAUCUUCAUCUUCCAUCUUGCUUCCUACUCCGUCCUCCGACAAAAGCGAACCUACCAAUCCUGCCCCGGACGCCUCUGAAUUAAGCUCAGGUGCAAAAGCCGGUAUUGGCGUUGGGGCUGCGGUCGGCGCGCUGUUGGUGCUCGGCGCCAUGGUAUAUUUCGUGUUGCGGUGGAGGAAGAGGCGCCGCGUGCAAAGAGGACUACCGGUCAUCAGCUCGUCGAACGCCAGCGGUCCCGGCUCUGGAUACUACAAUGCUGUUCCUAUGCCUGGUCCAUCGGAGUUGGAGUCCACCGAGCGUUCGCUGUUCGAGCUGAGUCCUAUUGUAGAUGGUGGGAUGGGUUCGGGCAAGGGGAUUGGGAAGCCGGGGAUGGCGAAGGAUCGCAAUGGAAGGGUCGGGGAGGUGUUUGAGGUACCAGGGUGA